UGACAUUUGCCCAUCUCACAUGCAUGGUACUUGAUACUUGACCAACGGGAGCUAAGCUGAGCACAUAGUGCUAGUGAGGUUGUAGAGCUAAACUGCAUUUAGAAAGCAGCCAUUAUGAGAAGUCGCAGUAAUUCCGGAGUGAAACUCGACAACUAUGCCAGAAUGUUGCAACAGACAAUCCUCUGUCACCAGGAUCCGGUGACAGGGUUACUCCCAGGAGAUGACACGUUACCUCAUGCCUGGGUUAGAGACAAUGUGUACAGCAUCCUGUCUGUGUGGGCUCUGAGUCUGGCCUACAGGAAGAAUGCAGACAGAGAUGAAGACAAAGCCAAAGCCUAUGAACUGGAGCAGAGUGUGGUCAAACUCAUGCGAGGACUACUGCAGUGUAUGAUGAGACAGCUUGAUAAGGUGGAGAAGUUCAAGUACAGCAAAAACACCAAAGACUGCCUUCAUGCUAAGUACCAUACAGAAACUUGUGCCACUGUAGUUGGCGAUCAGGAAUGGGGUCAUCUACAGGUGGACGCUACCUCCAUCUUCCUGCUCUUUCUGGCCCAAAUGACAGCAUCAGGACUGAAAAUUGUUUAUACACGUGAUGAGGUUGACGUUAUCCAGAAUCUGAUCUUUUACAUUGAAUCUGCGUAUAAAGUGGCGGAUUUUGGAAUGUGGGAACGAGGAGACAAGACGAACAAAGGGAUCCCUGAGAUAAACGCCAGCUCUAUUGGAAUGGCAAAGGCAGCUCUGGAGGCCUUGGAUGGACUGAACCUUUUCGGUGCCAAGGGUGGCCCAGAGUCCGUCGUGCACUCUUUAGCCGAUGACAUUCAGCACUGCCAAUCUAUUCUCAGCUCCAUGCUGCCAAGGGCAUCGACAUCCAAAGAAGUGGACGCUGGGGUUCUGUCCAUCAUCUCUUAUCCAGCAUUUGCAGUCGAGGACAUUGACAUUGUUAAUAUCACCAAAGAAGAAAUCAUUUCAAAACUUCAGGGCAGAUAUGGAUGCUGUCGCUUUCUUAGAGAUGGACAUAAAACUCCCAGAGAGGACCCUAAUCGAUUGUACUACGAGUCUUCAGAGCUAAAGCUAUUUGAGAACAUAGAGUGUGAAUGGCCACUGUUCUGGACAUACCUCAUCUUGGAUGGCGUCUUUAUCAACAGUCCAGAACAGGUUCAGGAGUACAGAGAUGCUUUAGACGGCAUUCUCAUCAGAGGGAAAAAUGGAUUACGAUUGGUCCCUGAGCUUUAUAGUGUUCCACCAGAUAAGGUUGAUGAAGAGUAUGUUAAUCCUCACACCGUGGAGAGAGUGCCAGUAGGCAAGUGUCCACUGAAAUGGGGCCAGUCACUGUACAUAUUGGGUAACCUGCUGGCAGAGGGUUUUUUAGCAGCUGGAGAAAUCGAUCCUCUCAAUAGACGCCUCUCCACUGUUCCCAAGCCUGAUGUUGUGGUUCAAGUGUCUAUCCUGGCAGAAAACGAUGAGAUUAAACAGCUGCUGCAGGGCCAUGGCAUUGAAUCAGAAACCCUGGAGGACGUUCACCCAAUCCGAGUUCAGCCCUCCAGAGUCCUCAGUCACAUCUAUGCCAGACUAGGGCGCAACCAAAGACUGGGACUGACUGGACGGCCAUACCGGCGAAUUGGUGUGCUGGGAACUUCCAAAUUCUACAUUAUUCGCAAUACCAUCUUCACAUUCACACCUCAAUUUGUAGAUCAUCAUGAGUUCUAUCUGGCCCUGGACAAUCACAUGAUUGUGGAAAUGCUCCGUAUCGACCUCUCCUACCUCUGCUCUCGCUGGAGGAUAACCGGCCGGCCCACAGUAACGUUCCCAAUUUCACACAACAUGCUCACCGAUGAUCACAAGCACAUAGAUCCUGCUGUUCUGGCAACCUUGAAAAAACUACAAGACGGAUACUUUGGAGGAGCAAGGGUUAAGACUGGGAAACUUUCUGCUUUUCUUGACACCUCCUGUUGUGCCCAUCUUACAUUUAUGGACUGUGAGGUGGAUGACCUGGCUGUGUAUCUGGACCAGCUACUGGCAGUUCCUCAACAGAGUCCCAUUAGUGCCACUAAAGGUGGCCUGAGUCGCUUCAGGGCAGCAGCCAAAAAGACUCAGGAGAUGGUGUCUCUGGUGCACAAAGCCAGAGAGCUCAAUAUACACAAUGUGCACAUGUACCUUCCAACAAAACUCUUCCGUUCUCCUGCACCAAACCUUAAUUUGCUGGAUAACAAAGAAAAGGCAACUGAGACACAGGCCCCUCAACCUGUCAACCUGCCUAGAGACAUCAACAGUGAGAUUGACUACCCAGCCCUGGUGCAGAUGCUGAAACUAAGUCUGAACUUGCAGGAUCAGGCUGAUAUUCUCUACAUCCUGUUCAAAGACAAGGGAAUGGAUUGGGACACCAAGCUACAUGGGAAAGGUUGGACGGUGAAACGACUACUGAGUGAUUUGUAUGAAAAGGCAGGGAACCUAAAACACUGGGGCCUCAUCCGGAUGAUCAGUGGGAUGCUACGCAAGAAAGUAGAAGAGCUGGAUGCUGCUUGCUCAGAUUUGCUAAUUCAUCAGAAACAUCUAACAGUUGGCCUGCCUCCUGAACCAAGAGAGAAAACUAUUUCAGCCCCUAUGCCCCCAGAUAAACUGGCAAGGCUGAUCGAUGAGGCUAGCGAGAACAACCUCACCACUGCCAUUCUCACUCAGGAGAUAAUGGUGUUUCUGGCUAUGAGCAUUCGUACCCAGCCAAAAAUCUUCAGUGAAAUGUUCUGCCUCCGGAUUGGCCUCAUUCUUCAGGUCAUGGUCACAGAGCUUGCUCAGUCCCUCAACUGUUCAGGUGAGGACGCUACAGAGAGUUUGAUGAAUAUGAGCCCAUCUGAGAUGAAGAACUUGCUUGUUCACAUUCUCAGUGGCAAAGAGUUUGGAGUUCAAAAAAGUGUGCGCUCAACAGGAAAUAUGGUCAGCUCUGCUGUCAGUAUUCAGGACAAGAGCAAAUCCAGCUCCACCAAAACCGAAGUGAAAGUUGCAAGUAAACAGGGCGGAGAUAUAAAACUGGCUGUCUCAGUUCAUUCGCUGGAUAUUGGAAACAUUGAAUCAGGGAGAUACAGACUUCCAUCCAUCGAGUCAUUUCAGGGCUCAUUAGGAGCCACGCUGGUGCGUGACAGCAGACAGGGCCAGUGGCUUCGGCGCAGACGCCUUGACGGAGCUCUCAACAGAGUCCCUGUUGGUUUCUAUCAGAAGGUCUGGAAGAUUCUGCAGAAGUGUCAUGGGUUGUCCAUUGAGGGCUUUGUGCUUCCAUCCUCAACCACAAGAGAGAUGACUCCCGGUGAAAUAAAGUUUGCUGUGCACGUGGAGACAGUCCUGAACCGUGUUCCUCAGCCUGAAUACCGGCAGUUGUUGGUGGAGGCCAUCCUGGUGCUGACCAUGUUGGCUGAGGUGGACGUCCAGAGUGUUGGUGGGGUCAUUCAGGUGGAGAGGAUUGUACAAAUGGCCAGUGAUAUGUUCUACAAUGAUCAGAAGGAAGUGGGAGCUGAUGAGAGUCUCCUUGAGAGAGAUCACAUGACUGGCAUCUGCCGGCUGAUGUACGACAGCGCCCCCAGUGGCCGUUUCGGAAGCAUGACUUACCUUUCUAAAGCAGUGGCUAGCUAUGUUGAGGACUUUCUUCCCAGUGGAGCUUGUGCCCUUCAGUAAAAGCUCCAAGUAUCACAUUUUGAAUGUAGAUAGUGAGGUAUUCAUGGUCUUUGUUGAUGUUUGUGUGAAAAAGGAUGAGUGAAAAAGCCAAUUUGUCUUAAGGAAUUGCGAACAAGCCAAAUUAAAUGUGAAGUGUGCUACGUAUAUGCCUUUGGUUGGCCAAGAGUUCUGUCCCAAAUGUGCAAACUAGUUAGCAUUAGCAAGAUAGCCAAAGUUCAAAAGUACCUGUGUUUUCUGAUGGUUUAUUUUAAGCUUAAGUUGAACACAAAGUGCUUGGUUUGUAGUGCUGUAUCUGAAAUUGCCCCCUAUGGAGUGCUGCAGUGAUGUUUUUUGUAGGCUAACCCAUUAGCAUCACUCUGGUUGCCUCAAAAACCCUGUUUUCUGUUUUAUGACAGAAAAUAAGCUCUGUAACUUUUUUUCAUCAGGAUAAGCUUCAUUAAUAAAUACCACUUUUAUGAAUUUUGAAACCUAAGUACAAUCGCCAGAGGUAAAAAGCUAAAGAUCACCAUCAUUAAGCUUCUGACAACUCUUUAUUUAAAAACAUUUUCCCUGAAAUUCUGAUUGAAAAUAAUUGGAAAGUGUGUUUAGAAACCCAAAAAGGCUCUGUAAUGACAUUUAUUGUCCCUGACAACCUCCAUAGUCCCAUUUAGCCUUGUUAGUAACUGCCUUUUUCAAGACAGGUAAAUCACCAGAGGGUAUUACUCAUAUAUUUAGUCAGAAUAAAAUGUGAAAAUAUUUUUGAGCUUGUCUUAACCACAGGCCUUAUUUCAGGCAUUUAUCUCAGAAACCCAUUAAAAAAUGAUGGAGCUGUAUGUGCUAAAAUGCUAGUUGUUUGCUAGUUGUUUGUGAACAAAUUCAGAUGUGUAGAAGUAAGAAUUCAUGCAGCAUAAUGCUAACAGGGCUAUUCUUUAGUGUCUAUUCACUGAGCGUGUACACUCAUUAUAACUGUAUUAUUGUACACUCAUUAUUAAGAUGCCUCAUGGGAUUGAAUGUAGGGCUGCAACGAUUCCUCGAUUCUUUUCUUGUAUUCAAUUUUUUUUAAAACUCCUCGAUUGCAUUUUGCGCGUGACGAGUUAAAGUGGCACAUUCCACAUAAAAAUCAUAAUAAAACAUAAUGCUAUUAAGAAUUCACAAACGCUGCUUUUCAGUUAAAGGAAUAUAUGUGAUGCAGGUUUAAUAUACGUGCUUUUUACAUGUGUGGUGUGUCUUAAACUUCAUCUCUGCAUGUUGUUGUGAGUUUGGGUAUAUUAUAACGUUCAUCUGGGAACGCAACGUGUGCUAUUUCAUCAGAUUUGUAAGGAAAAUAAUUUAUAAACCUACGCAAACACAGGAGAAUACAUCAAUAUCUUUCUCAAUAUGCUAACUGUUCAUCGCAAUUUCAAAAUAAAAGUUUAAACCCUCA